AUGAUCAGCAUCAGUGCCGUUAUCAUUUCAACUACCGUUAUCUUGAUGAAGGUUAUUCUGCUGGCAGAACUGACGGUGGCAAGUGAGGGCGAAGCGAGACUGUAUCGAGAUUUGCUGCAGAAUUAUAGCGUUCUGGAACGACCGGUGGAGAGUGCCGCUGAGAGACUGCUCGUGCGAAUGCGCAUUUAUUUGCAGCAGAUUCGAGACGUCGAUGAACGCAAUCAAAACGUCGCAAUUUACGUUUGGUUGCGUUUCAUUUGGCACGAUUAUCGACUGCGGUGGAAUCCGCAGCUUUACGGUGGUGUCGCAGACGUGCGAUUCCCAUUUGAUGGUGCAGACGUACAACUAUGGCGCCCAGAUAUUUUACUUUACAAUAGUGUUGACGAGAGUUUCGAUGCGACAUAUAAGAGUAAUUUUCUGGUGUAUAGUUCGGGCGAGGUAAAUUGGAUACCACCUGGCGUGCUGAAGUUCAGCUGUCCCAUUGAUAUCACAUGGUUCCCGUUUGACGAACAACUCUGUCAACUCAAAUUCGGUUCGUGGACAUUUCACGGUGAUACGGGUGAGGAUGGAGACGAUAGUGUGUUCGUUAGACAUCAGAUGGAUCUGAGUGAAUAUUUACGGAAUGGUGAAUGGGAUUUGUUGGCGACGCCGGCCGAACAUGUCGUCACCUAUUACAGCUGUUGUCCAGAACCGUAUCCAACGCUUCACUUUCAAAUGCAUUUACGAAGACGAGCGCUGUAUUAUGGCCUUAAUAUGAUUAUUCCUAGCCUAUUGGUUACUCUCAUGACUGCACUCGGCUUCUUGUUACCACCGGAUUCUGGCGAGAAGGUCACUUUAGAGCUGAGCAUUCUUCUCUCAGUGUGCUUCUUUUUGAGUUUAGUGGCCGAUCAAACGCCUCCUACAAGCGAGGCUAUACCACUGUUGGGUGUGUUCUUUCUGUGCUGUAUGAUGGUCGUCUCCGCGUCUGUUAUCUUCACUGUUAUUGUACUGAAUCUGCACUCACGUUCCUCCGAAACGCACUCUAUGUCACCAUUUUUUCGACGAAUCCUUCUCAACUGGUUACCUUGGUUUCUUAUGAUGCGACGUCCAGGCCAAAUUUUCCAUCGAGGUUAUGCAUUUCCAGCUGGAACAUCCCGACGGCUCGCUAGCAUUAUCCGCAAACAACGGCUUCUUCCUACUGAAUCACCACCACCAUUCGCAUCAACCUCAGCAUCGCUACCAAAAGCGUCAAGCUAUUCGAAUAGAUCUGAAAGAAUAUGGAAAAGUGCUGAGCUUCUAGACGGAGUGGAUAUGAAUUUUGAGAAUGAUCAAUGUGAGCGUGAAAGCAACGACAAUAACGAUACGUCAGCGUGGGAUGCUCAGAUUCUUAUUUUGCAUCGAAUUUGUGAGCAACUUGGUGAGAUUUGCACGAAUAUGCAGAAUGAGGAUGCGAAGGAACGUGACGAAAAUGACUGGCAGUAUGCAGCGAUGGUUGUCGAUCGAGCUUGUUUGAUCUGCUUCUCGCUGUUCAUCAUGAUAUCAACCUCUGUGAUUGCCAUUCGCGCACCAUACUCAACUUUCACAUAA